GAUUUAUACCUCGGUGUGGGCCGCGAACAGCCGAAUUCUAUUCCAUGUCGAAGACUUAGACGAGCUUCAAUUCAUUUUCGAGGUUGCUGAACUUCAGUCGCAGAAGAGCAUAAGUAACAAUGCUUUUCCCCAUAGCGACAAGGACAGUUAUUAGAAGCGUUGGCGCUCUGCCACGCUCCGCUUCGGCCUUUUCGAGUCCUUUUAGCAGCCCCUCGGCUCUCCGAAGAUUAUUGUCGUCAUUAGCAGUCUUAGAACAGCGCGAUGGCAAGCUCAACCACGGCUCCCUAAGCGCAAUCACGGCCGCGAAAAAGCUAGGCGGAUCGGUACAUGGCUUCGUUGCUGGGAGCAACAUUAAGGCUGUCGCGGAGGAGGCGGCAAAAGUAGAAGGCGUGGAAAAGAUAAUCGCAGUAGACAAUGCUGCUUACGACAAGGGCCUACCCGAGAACUUUGCGCCUUUGUUAGUCGAAAAUAUCAAGAAGGGCGGCUACACACAUAUUAUUGCAGGACACACUGCCUUUGGGAAGAGUUUGUUGCCGCGGGUCGCCGCACUCCUCGAUUCUCAACAAAUAUCAGAUAUUACAGCCAUCGAGAACGAAAACACUUUCGUCCGUCCGAUAUACGCCGGUAACGCCAUCGCCACCGUCGAGUCUUCCGAUCCCAUUAAGGUCAUUACUAUUCGUGGCACAGCCUUCCCCGCUGCCGAAACACAGGGCGGUUCUGCCGCUGUCGAAGACGGUGCUGAUCCCAACGUACAAAUAUCUGUAGAAUGGGUUUCCGAAGAUCUUGCUAAGUCAGACAGACCAGACUUGGCAACCGCUGGCAAGGUUGUCUCUGGAGGCAGAGGUCUCAAGUCGAAGGACGACUUUGAUAAAAUAAUGCUCCCACUUGCGGACUCGUUAGGCGCUGCCGUUGGAGCUUCUCGUGCAGCGGUAGAUAGCGGAUAUGCCGACAACAGUCUACAAGUUGGCCAAACCGGCAAGGUCGUCGCUCCUCAACUAUAUAUGGCUGUUGGUAUUUCCGGUGCGAUCCAGCACUUGGCGGGAAUGAAGGACAGCAAGGUAAUUGCUGCUAUUAACAAAGAUGCCGAGGCACCGAUAUUCCAAGUGGCAGACGUGGGCUUGGUUGGGGAUUUAUUCGACAAGGUACCCGAGUUAACAGAGAAGCUGAAGAACUCGUAGUUAUAUAAGACUUAAGUACAAUAUGUUACAAUAACCCGGGAGGGAAGUUUUUCAAUUUUCAUAUGGUCU